CAGCUUCAAAUUAAUAUAGACCAGUUUUAUAGUUUAAAAUGAGCGAUGUAUAAUGGUUUGAGUAUAGCUCAGCGCUGAAAUACAUCCAUUUACACCGCGUUCAAGUUUUAUAGCGUGUCGUUUUUUUCCUCUUGGUUAUAUUAUUCACUGUUGGAUGAUUUUAUUAAGAUUGAGAAGUAGUGCUAUGGACAGUGAACGUUAGCAUCCUGAUUUUACAAACUGCUAGUUUGUAGACGGUCCCUCAAAAAAGCGAUGACGUCACAGCCUUCCACAGAGACAGAGAAACUCCUGCUGAAGCGGCUGAGCUCCACUAGUAUAAAGAUGGCCUUUAUUAAAGAGGAGAGUGAAGACCUGAAGAUUGAGGAAGUGUUCACAUUGAAAAGAGAAGAUCGUGAGAAGCAAACAGAUCUGACACUUUUGAAAGAGGAGAUUGAAGAGCUGAAUGAUGUCAAGGUAGAGAAAGAUCUGGAGGAAGACUCAAAGGCUCAAAACACACCACAGGAAAAUUUCAAAUGCCACCAUUGUGGAAAAAGGUUCACUGGGAAGCGAAACCUUACAGUUCACUCAAGAGUUCACACUGGAGAGACACGUUUCUCCUGCAAAAAGUGUGGGAAAAGCUUCAAUAAGAAAGACCACCUUGAAAAGCACAAGAAAAUCCACUUGGCUGUUAUUUGCCCUCAUUGUGGACGGCAGUUUACACAAAAGUCCAUUAAAUGCCACAUGAGAAUUCACAGCGGAGAGAGACCUUUCAGAUGUGAUCAAUGCGGAAAGAGUUUCGUUCAGAAGAGCACUCUUGAGACACACGCGAUAAUCCACACUGGAGAGAAACCGUACGCCUGCUCUCACUGCGGAAACCGUUUUACUAUGAAGACAUCACUAGAUUGCCACAUGAGAAUUCACACCGGAGAGAAGCCUUUCACCUGCGAGCAGUGUGGAAAGAGCUUUAGUGAACAGGGAAGCCUAAGAAUCCACAUGAGAGUUCACACUGGAGAGAGACCUUUCGUUUGCUAUCAGUGUGGAAAGGGCUUUGUUAUUAAAGGACACCUCGACAGGCACAUGAUCGUUCACAGUGGAGAGAAACCAUACUCCUGCCCUCAGUGUGGAAAGGGUUUUAAACAUAAAGCAAGAAUAGGCGUCCACAUGAUGAUUCACAGCGGAGAGAAGCCUUUCAGAUGUGAUCAGUGUGGAAAGAGCUACAGCAUCAAAGUACAUCUUGAAUCCCACAUGAGGGUUCACUCGAAAGACAACCGUGUAAAGUGCCAUCAGUGUGGGAUGAGUUUCCCAGACAGCAGUCAGCUUAAAGAUCAUGUCAAAACUCACAUCGGACAGAAACCUUUCAUGUGCCUCGAGUGUGGAAGAUCUUGCACGCAAAAAUCAAGCCUCAAUGUUCACAUGAGGAAUCACGCCGCAGAGAAGCCUUUCGUCUGCAAACAGUGCGGGAAGAGUUUUUGUGCUAGAGGGGUCCUCAAAGUCCACAUGAGGAUUCACACUGGGGAGAAACCUUACACUUGCAAACAGUGCGGGAAGAGUUUCACAUAUCAGUCAGACCUGAAACGUCAUUCGAGAACUCAUUCUGGACUGGAAGAUUAAAGCUGUGGUCACACUAGAGCAGUGGUGGGCAAACUCAGUCCUGGAGGGCCGGUGUCCUGCAGAUUUCAGCUCCAACUUGCCUUGACACACCUGCAAGGAUGUUUCUAGAAAGCCUAGAAAAAGGUUAAUUAGCUAGCCCAGGUGUAUCUGAUUGGGGUUGGAACUAAACCCUAAGGACACCGGCCUUCCAGGACCGAGUUUGGACAUGCCUGCACUAGAGCAAGGGUUCUCAAUCUAGGUCCUACAGAUUUUAGCUUCAGUCUCAAUCAGACACACCUGGACUAGAUAAUCAAGCUCUUACUAGGCUUUCUAGAAACAUCCUUGCAGGUGUGUCGAGGUAAGUUGGAGCUACAAUCUGCAGGAGACCGGCCCUCCAGGAUUAAGUUUGGACACCCCUGGCCUAGAUCAUAUGAUGACUUUAGUGCAAUGGUCUCAAACUCAAUUCCUGGAGCUCUGCACAGUUUAGCUUCAACCACCUCCAACUGAAACCUGCUUAAUAGUCUCUACUAGUCUUGAACACCUUGAUUAUUUGGAUCAGCUGUGUCUGAUUUGGGUUGGAGCAAAACUGUGCAGAGCUGCAGCCCUCCAGGAAUCAAGUUUGAGAACAUUGCCUUAGUGUACUCCAUCUUCAGAGUAAAACUGUAAUAAUAUGUGUGCCGUUGCUUUUUCUGUAUGCCAAAUGAUUUAUUUGAGAACCCCUGCACAAGAGUUUGAGAAUGCUUGAUCCUGUGGGCUAGCCUGAACACCCACCAGUGAGCUACUCACACCUGCAGCUUCUCCACGAUGAAUGUCCAUUGUUUUUUAGCCUCUGACACCUGGACUGCAGCUCCUCACAAGAAGUUUUGCCAGAGGAGAAAUGGUUGUGCCCAACUGAGCCUUGUUUCUCUCAAGGUCUGUUCCUCCACUUUAGUCAAUUUGUGAAGUUUGUUCCUCCACUGUCACCACUGGCUUGCUUGGUUUGGGACUUGUUGAGCUACGGAUUGGAUUUGCUCUUGAGUGUUUGGAUUUUCAGCAGUGAAAUUUAAACCACCCUUGUCAAAACCUGUCACACAAGCUUGUGUUUCAGGUCUGCCACUUUCUCGCAUGCGUAUGAAUAGAAGUCUGUGGGGCGAAAAGUGCAGUGUGGCCACGGCUCAAGGGUCGGUAUAUCCCGAGCCAAUGCAAGGACCAAAAUGGCAUUUGUGUAACUCACAGGUGUUACAGUUUAGCUUUAACUUCAAUCACCCGUCACCCUUCCGUAGGAACUGUCGGACACCCUACAUAAUGAUAAAGUCACUUACGUUACAUUACAGUGUUCAUG